GUGACGUACGUUCAAUGUUAUUGUUUAAUUGGACGAGGUAUGAUAUCCAACUAAAUCCCAAGUUAUCGAAGUGUUCACCGUAAAAAUUAUCGAACCUGCGUUUGAUUAGGGUUUACACUUCGGAACUCUGAAUUCUGAGCGGCAUGGGAAAGAAGGAGAAGUCGAAAGCCAAUGCAAGAGAGCACGAACAAGUCGGCGAAGCAACCGACAAUCUCGACGGCGCUUCCACGCCAUCACUCGUGUUCAGUAGCGAUGAUGAUGAUGACGAAGCCAAUCAAGAUCUGAGUCUCAGAAUCGUUGAAAAGGCCCUACGAGCGCGAGAGGCAAAGCUUGCAACAAACGACGCCGUUUUAAACGGCGUUGAUUCUUCUCUUGUUUCGCCAUCGCAGCAAUCUGAAUUCAAGGUGAUGCAAAGCGACGGCGUUUUGGAUGGGUCGAGUGGGAUCACUGCUUGGGAAAUGAUGGAAGAGAAGAAAACGACGAAGCUAAUGGUGGACUCUGGGUUUUCAAGUGUUAUUGUAGCUGCAGAUCAAGAGGUGGAAGAGAUAAUCAAAACUACAGAGAACCGUGAGUCCGUGGAUCUGGAAGCAAGUUCGGGUCAGAUAGGCGACAAUGUGGUUCUGCGAAAGCUGCUUCGGGGUCCAAGAUAUUUUGACCCUCCAGAUAGUAGUUGGGGAGCAUGCUAUAAUUGUGGCGAGGAAGGUCAUGCUGCUGUAAACUGUACAGAAGCGAAGCGGAUGAAACCGUGCUAUGUAUGUGGUGGUUUGGGACACGUUGCAAAGCAAUGUACUAAGACGAAUUGCUAUAUCUGUAAGAAAGGUGGCCACCGUGCCAAAGAUUGUCCAGAGAAGCACAUGUCGGCACGUGUUCCUAAAAGCUUAACGGUGUGCUUGAAGUGUGGGAAUUCUGGGCAUGAUAUGUUUUCAUGCAGGAAUGAUUAUUCACCGGAUGAUCUCAAGGAGAUUCAAUGUUAUCUCUGCAAGACAUUUGGCCAUUUGUGCUGUGUCAAUACUGCUGAUGCAAUACUGGGAGAAAUUUCUUGUUACAAAUGUGGUCAGAUGGGUCAUACUGGUUUGCAAGUAGCAAAUGCAUGUACAUCUUGUAAGGAAGGACAUGGUAAACAUGGGAAUGAGAACUGAAUUGGGACCCGUGAAGAUGGUGAAUGGACAAAUUAUCCGGAUAUGAAGCAAUUAGUUGAUACAUCAAUAAAAGUGUUCCGAUCUCAAAGACAAGCUCGAGUACCACGUACUAAAUCCAGCAACAUUACGUGGAUAAAAGUGCAGUGUCCUCUACAGCGCAACGGUAUCGAUUGCGGAUACUUUGUAAUGAGGUUUAUGAGGGAAAUCAUUAAUAUGAAUCAAAUAGAGAUUCCAAUCACGUACUUUGAUGAAUACAAGUGUGCUCAUUACACGAGACUGCAGUUGGAACAAAUCAAGGAGGAAUUGUGUCAAUAUUUUAUUGAGAAAAGAUUAAUUAGUAUAUAAUGGUUUCAAAAUAAC